UCAAUAUAGACUCGUGUGCUUCAAUUUGUGUGUCCAUAUAAUGUUUGAUGUAAUCCCACGCAUCCAUGGAAUAUACUUGUAUCCUCAUCUAAUAUUUUCACGGACUUUUUUUUCUUACAUAAUUAAAAUUAACCGAAAUUAUUACACAAUAGGGGAAUGGCCCCACAAAAAGUGGACCCCCACAAGUGACACAGUGAGUAGGACCCACACACCGCCCAUGCGGCACGCUGUCUAUCUAAAGUCUAAACCAAAACUAAACCCAUCUUCCAUCUGAAUACUUCCUUGACCUCUUACCCUCUCAGACCUAACCCUAAAUCCAUCUCUCUCAUCUCUUCUCUCUUCUUCUUCUUAGAAGUUUCAUUUUCAUGUAUUACUAGUUCUGCUCCAGUUUCAUUUUACAUGUAUAUGACUUUAUAUCUCUUUUUAUUUUCUCUUCUUCAAAAUUUCAAUCUUUUUCUCCUUAAUUAAUUGAAUUGAGCUCUUGUGUAUCCAUCCUCAAGUUAAGAGCAGAGGAGAUUAAUUAGUUAAUUAGGGUUUUUAAUUGUUUGCUUUUUUGCUUUUCAUUCAAGAAAUGGAUCAGGUCUCUCGCUCUCUUCCUCCACCUUUCCUCUCAAGAGAUCUCCAUCUUCACCCACACCAUCAGUUUCAGCAUCAGCAGCAACAUAACCACGGCCACGAUAUCGACCAGCACAGGAUCGGUGGACUAAAACGCGACCGAGACUCUGAGAUCGAUCCAAACGAGCACUCUUCAGCUGGAAAAGAUCAAAACACCCCCGGCUCCGGCGGAGAAAGCGGCGGCGGAGGCGGAGGAGGAGAUAACCACAUCACGAGAAGGCCACGUGGCAGACCAGCGGGAUCCAAGAACAAACCAAAACCACCAGUCAUCAUCACUAGAGAUAGCGCAAACGCUCUCAAGUCCCAUGUGAUGGAAGUAGCUAACGGAUGUGACGUCAUGGAAAGCGUCACCGUCUUCGCUCGCCGUCGCCAACGUGGUAUCUGCGUUCUGAGCGGUAACGGCGCCGUCACGAACGUUACCAUAAGACAACCAGCUUCGGUUCCCGGUGGUGGCUCAUCCGUAGUUAACUUACACGGACGUUUCGAGAUUCUUUCUCUCUCGGGAUCUUUCCUCCCUCCUCCUGCUCCACCGGCGGCGUCGGGUCUAACGAUUUACCUAGCCGGUGGUCAAGGACAGGUCGUUGGAGGGAGCGUGGUGGGUCCACUCAUGGCUUCAGGACCUGUGGUGAUUAUGGCUGCUUCGUUUGGGAACGCUGCGUAUGAGAGGUUGCCCUUAGAGGAAGAUGAUCAGGACGAGCAGCAAACGGCUGGAGCGGUUGCUAAUAAUAUAGAUGGUAACGCGACGAUGGGUGGUGGAACGCAGACUCGGCCGCAACAGUUGAUGCAAGAUCCGACGUCGUUUAUACAAGGGUUGCCUCCGAGUCUUAUGAAUUCUCAACUGCCAGCAGAAGCUUAUUGGGGAACUCCGAGACCAUCUUUCUAAAUGGUGAAAAAAAAUACGUUAGUUGUGUUCAUCGUUUUUCAUUUGUAAUAUCUCUUCUGUCAAAUUUUAAUUUUCUUUUCCCCCUUUGUUUUAUAAGAGAUCAUUGUAGCCUUUGAUAAAGAGAAUCGUUUUGGUCAUGGGACUGGUCGAUCGAUCUCUUAGGUUUGACAUGGGGGUUGUGUGUUUGCGUUGACUAGGAGAUUAUAAGUUGUUGAUUUCGAAUUUUGUGAUCCAUGUGUUGGUGUUAAUUAAGCUUUGCGUAUUGUUGAUUG